ACUGAAGCAGUGCGAAUUUUUAAUAUUUCUAACAGCAUUAAUAAGUUUUCUACAGUAAAGAGCGACAAACAACAUCUUGUGUGUCGGUUGCGGAGUCACAAAAUACCCAUAACGUCAAUAAAAACUUGGCAAAAAUGGUUUCAACAGAAUACACAGAGAUAUCAUGGAGAGAAUAUGUGGUUGUUGAGGAAGCUUCUACGAAAAGUAAAGAUGUUGGUUUGAAUGACAAUGAAGCAAUAUCCAAACAGAAAAUCGAAGUCAUAUUUCUCGAGAUUGAUAAAUCUGCAAACGGAUGGGUAGAGAAAGAUGAAUUCCAAAAGUUUAUUUUAAAACUUGGUGUAAAGAUGUCUGAUCAUGAGUUUGAUCUCCUUAUCGAAGAAAUUGAUAAAGAUAAAAGUGGAAAAAUUGAUUUUGAGGAGUUUUUUAACUAUUAUUACUCCCUGUUGCUGAGAAAUAAUAACAACAACAACAACAACAACGAAAACACCAGUAACAUUCAAGGGAACCUAUCCAAAGCAGGCCCACUAAAAGAAAUCGCUUUCGAGGUCCAGGAAAAAAAACGGAAAUCUUUGCUCAAAAAAGUUGUUAAAGAAUUGCAUUACAAAGCAAACGCCAAUACAAGCACUGGAUUACAAGGCUUGAUAAAUCAAAACAAGAAUUUUCGAGAAAGUGAGGCCAUUGAUGUUUUUGAUGACAAGCUAUUGGAGUUGUACGACGAUACAGAAGCAGCAGACCUGUCAGAUUUCAUCGAAGAAAGAUGGGACGCCUUUACUGAUUUUAAUCGAAAGGGAAAAUCUGGAAAAUGUGUCAUGAGCACUGACGAUGAUGAUGUCACAGAUGCUCUUCCAGGAGACUAUGAUCUCGUUCAGUUAGUGAUGACACAAUACCACGAAGUCCCUGAUAUGAAAAUACCUCGUCAUGUAGUGUUGAAAAAAGCAGAAUGGAUAAAAGCUGGACCAGGUGAAAAAGAUGGGAAAUUUAUUUGCUCCUCUGACUGGGAUGGUAUAAUACCUGUUGACAUUGGUACCAAUCAGCUGUUAGCGUAUUAUGGAGCUUGUCUUGCGGGAGAGAAACAGGAAAAAGUUGCUUUGUUGCAAAGACAUUGUACAGUUGAUUUUGACUACGCCAAAUCCUACCAUGACGAUUACGUCAUAGCAACAUGUGGUGGAAAUGGAAUCGAACAGCACGGCUUCCAUCAUAUGGAUUGUCCACUAGAUGACGAUUCAGGAUUUUUUCUGCUUGGAAAAUGGGUUGGAAAUGAAGAAUUGCAUUUAACAGCCUUCAAGAUUCUGAAAAACCACGUUUUGUACGUUCCGCCAAACACAAUACAUUCAAAUGAUCAUCUCAUUGGUACAUGGAGAACAAUGCUUUCAGAUGCCAAAGAUGCUCCUAUCAAUCACGUGAUUAUGUAUACACAAGACGACAAUGCAUCAGAAUCUCUGAAACUUGCUGAUGUUACAUUUGAAACAAGCAUCACACAUUUCGGAAAUUCCCUCAAGAAUACAACUUGUCAUAAAUGCGAAAAGUAAGCGAAAAAGAAAGGUAUGGAGCCAACAAAUAAAUAGAUGAUUAAACCGUAUUACUAUUAAUCAAACUAUUAACUGUUUGUUUCGAUCGAUGUAAUUUAAUUUGAUUAGUUAAUUUAAAAUGCUUUUUCUGAGACAGAAUGUUUGCUAAUUUGUUAAACUCAACAGUCAGAAAAGUCGACAUCUUGACUCUAAUUGAAAAGCGCAAAAA